AUGGGUGGCGGUUAUCACUUAACACCAGGUGAAGCGCCAGCUCGCUUGCCACAUUCGCACAUAGAAGAAAGCUCAAGGCGCGCGUGCGGCGCGUUGACUGGCGGUGACGUCACGAAUCACGUCCGAGAGGCGAGGAGGCCGAGCGGCGCGCCCGUCCCCCACUUAAUGAGGGCCGCUCUCCGCUUCCGUCCGCCGGCGCACAAAAACGCAACUACGGCCACGAUGGCGGCGACGGAGACGGGCGAGCGCUUCCGUAAAAAAGAGUAUCAUGAAGUCAUCAUCCGUAAAAACGUUACUACCAGCACGGGCACCGACGUCCAG